AUGAAGGUCCUGGCGUUGUUACCGCGGCUCUGUCGAGAUCGCUUAUCGUGCCAUCAAACGUGCGGAUUUGGUUACACUGACGUUACGGAGCCUGUGCUGGCUGCAGAAGAUGUCAAUGUUACUUUCGAAGAUCAACAGAAAAUUAACAAAUUUGCAAGAAAUACUAGCAGGAUCACAGAGCUGAAAGAAGAAAUAGAAGUGAAAAAGAAACAACUUCAGAAUUUGGAAGAUGCUUGUGAUGACAUCAUGAUGCUUGAUGAUGGUGAUUCACUUCUGAUACCCUACCAAAUUGGAGAUGUCUUCAUCAGUCAUUCCCAAGAAGAGACACAAGAAAUGCUGGAGGAGGCAAAGAAAAGUUUACAAGAAGAAAUUGAAGUGUUAGAAUCCCGAGUGGAAUCAAUUCAGAGGGUGUUAUCUGACCUGAAAGUUCAGCUCUAUGCAAAGUUCGGAAAUAACAUAAAUCUUGAGGCUGAGGACAGUUAAAGGUGUUCUAAAUAUACCAUACAGCUUUUCCUUGUUUUAUUAAAUGUUUUGAUAACAUUGUUCCAAUUACAUUUAAAAAAAAAAAAAUCCACCACUUCAUUUUCUUUUUUUCUUUUCUUUUUUUUACUUUCCUGUCUUGGGUUCCAUCUAUUUAAUGAGAGCUUUCUUAUUUUGGUUAUUGCAGUUAUUUAUUUGUUCAGGAAAGCAUUAGCUUCAUACUGUUGGUAAAGCAUCAAGAUUGGCAUAUUUGCAUUGUUUAUUAAAAUAAUAAAGUCAGGCAUAUGUUUCC